AUGGACGCUCGUGAUUGGAAGAUAGCGCAGGCGUACAACCAGUGCUUUGCUGUACUGAACCGUGAAGUGAGGGCCAAAGUGGGGCCUUUUAUAGGCCAAAUAUUCAGAGCUGUGAGUGUGCAGAUGGCACAGGACGACGACGAGUUGAGAGAGAGCGCUCUGCAGUGUAUAGACGCG